UCAUCCUGCCAUUGCCUUGUGGGUAAAAGGUUCUUGAACCAAUCAGAGGAGAUAUCAAUUAGUACCUCUCCAUCGCACCUGGUAGACCUCCAGAUUAACUGCUGCUGGCUGCAAACACCAAAACACAUGCAGAUUCAGAUUCUCGCUUUCUUUUUCUGUGGCACAUCAUCAAAUUGUUAAAUGGAAUCAUUAAAAGUACAUGUGCAGUUACCUUCACCUCCACCGUACUUCUUACAAGAUGAAAGUCAAACUGGGCAAGAUGGGAGGAUCUACCAUAUUUACCCACCUUUCAGCCCUCCACCACCCCUUCAAUUCUCCUUUUCUCCUGGAGUUGGCUCCACCCAAACACACUUGCCUCUAACAGUGUCUGCUCUCCCUCAAGCUACUCCAAAGCUGAAUUUUGUGAGCUAUGAAACGGAGCUGUAUCGCUGUCCAGCUUGGACAACAUGCCCCUCUUGUCAGACUCGGGUCACCACGCAGGUCACCUACAAAGUUGGGAGGCAGGCGUGGCUCAUUUGUCUUGUGUUUGUGUUAUGCGGGUUGGUGCUUGGAUGCUGCCUGAUUCCAUUUUUUGUGAACUAUUUUAAGGAUGCCUAUCACACAUGUCCCCGCUGUCGACGGGUCCUCCAUAUACAAAGGAGGACAUGCUGUGAAUGAACACGAACAAGAUUAACUACCAGCAGGCUAAUGUGAUGGCUAAUAAGUUUUUUCAUCUUAACAGGAGUUCAAUUGCAGUAAAAUGUAUGUAUACCUGUCUGAAAGGCAUUCAGGAUAACUUAAAAUAUAUAGAUUUAUAAGUUUAAAUGUUUAAAAUACAAGGAUAAGACAUGUUGGUUCCUGUUAUGUUAUGACUCUAGAGAUUUGUAACUAUUUUAAUCUUGUUUUGUAACAAAAUUCUAUCAAAUAAAUGUUUUCUCUGGAAGUUUUUUUUUUUUUUUCAUGUUUUCUAUUGUAUAACAGAAAGCACACAACAGAUGAAAAUGCUAAACUUUUGCUCCAAAUAAAAAAUACUACAAAAAAAGAAGAAGAAGAAAAGAAAGAAAACUUUAAGAUUCACUUCUUAGCUUUUUCCAUAUGCUGAUAAAGACCAGGAGAUGCAGGUCAAUGCUGUGGGUUGUGGGAAACGCUAAUUUUACAGUCGCCACUGCAGUGCUCAGUACACAGAUUCCCACUUCUACUCUCAAUGCAUCCUGUGUUGAUUAAGCCUGCAUGUGUACUUGCACGGAGUGUAGUAAACGUAACCUCACUGACUUGACACCAGAGGAUUAGAAGUGUGGGUUUAUUUUUAAACCUUUGAGCCUCAGAGUAAUGAGCAUUUGAGAUGCAGCAAACCCUAGGGUAGAUGAGCACUGGUGGAUCCCAGCAGCAACACGCUGACUGCUGAUUCCUGCAUGGCCGAGGAUGCAUCAGAGGAUCUCGCCUCCCCCAGUCAAUCAGUUUCCUCAUUAGUGGCCUCUUCUUUUUUCUUUCAGCACUUUAACAGCAAAACUGAACUCCUCACCUAUUUGAUCCUGUGUGUUGCCAAAAUGCCAUUCAUUCCAUCUGCUGUGUCCAUUUCACGCUCUGUGUCAGGACUGACCGGGAAGGAGAGACCUAUCCACAACACUUCAUCUACAACUACUUUGACCAAGGUCCCAAAAGAAGAUAAAGCCAGCAGCUCCGUGAAGGAGCGACUGGCUUCGAACCUCAAGCAGCUGGGGAAGAAGAGCCAACCCAGGAGUCAUCUGCCAACCGCCAAAGGAGUGUCAGGGACAGAGCUGCUUGCAAAGAGAAGGGAGAGAUUGCUGCCUUCAUCACAAACAGUCAGCUUCUUAGCAUCCAACACGGGCGUGUCCCUGUCUAAGACGCAGCAGAACAAACAUGUGAGCCAGAGCUCUGUGAAGACUGAGCCAGAGAUGAAGACGAGGGCCAGGCAUCACAAGGAGGGCCGUUUCACACUGACUCUCACACCUGAAGCUGUCCUGCUGCUGCAGCGGAGGAACAAUGAGAGAAAUCAACAUUCAGCGUCCAGAAAUGCCGGAAGUGGAGGAGGCCUUUCUGGAAGCGCCUCAGAUUCCAGAAGCAGGAGGGAAAACGUCUCUAAAAGGCAUCAACCAGCAACACAGAGACACAGCACUCCAAACAGCAGAGUCACUGCUAAAAAAAACAGUGAUGCUGAACUGGGAGACAUAAGCUCAAUUGUGAAAAUCUCACUUCUGAAUGAGCAACAUAAGUAUGAUGAUGUGGAGUAUGAGGAAGAGGACCAUGGUGUGGAUGAGUGCGUAGUGCUGAAAUGUACAGAGUGGCUCCGUGGGUUGGAAAACACACCGGUAACAGUGGGACGCAGCCUGACUAAGAGUGCAAUUGGUGUGAAAAGUUUCUAAAGAUAAAAUGAGAAGUGUUGCUUAAAUGAGGUGUCAUUUUCCAACCUGAGAAUGAAUUGCAGUUUUGGUUUGUGUUGGCUAGUUGCUAUUUGAAGAUGUGCUUGUGUUCUGUAUCCCCUGAUCCCUGCUCCAUGUUUCUCUUUUA